GUGAUUCCUCAGUCUAGUUGGAAGCUCUAUCCGGUGGUUGGGUGGAGGUGGAAGCGAGUGGCUGCUUCGAUCUUUCUAGGGAAUGGGCUUGUGGACAGUACUUGAAGGUUUCCUGCUUCUUGCAAAUGCCUUGGCAAUACUAAAUGAGGAUCGAUUCCUUGCUCUGAUAGGGUGGAGCUUUUCUGAAUUCUCAAGGGGCGGGACAAAGUCACUCAAGGGGCAGAUGAUGGGGCUCAUCUAUGCAACCCAAUACAUGAGGCUUCCACUAAUAGCUUUCAAUACCAUCACCAUUGCCAUGAUGUUGGUGUCUGGGUGAGGUUUGAACUUCUGCUCGGGUUUGAUGAAUGUUGCCAGGCUUGUAAUAUGCAGUCAAGAU